AUGGAGCAUGUGCUGAACUCGCUGGAGAAGGUCAUUCUCACCAUCUUCCUCUCCAUCAUCAUCAUCAUGACUGUACUGGGAAACCUGCUGGUGAUGGUGGCGCUCUGCAAGGACAGACAUCUUCGGUAAGCACACUUCCUGUUGACAUGUAGGUCACACCCUGUCAAAUCAAAGGCUUUUUCUAAUUUGGGCAAAAGUCCAUGCUCCACCCUCUCUCCUCUGUCCUCUCUCCUCCGUGACCCAGAAACCGAUAAGUGGUCAAGUAGCGAAUGGAAAAGUGUAUAGUCAUGUGUAUCCUUCCUAAGUCCUUUGUGGAAGAGUUUUGAAAUCUGCCACAUCCACUUUGAAUCAGCUUUUGUUUUUUGUCGAAGGAGAAAAUCAUGCACACGUUUAAAAACAAUAUGCUACUUAUCCUUUUAUCUAUAAAAUGUAUUUCACAACUAACGUAAAAAAAAAAGAUCAUUGCACACAUUUAUUUGGGGAUCCACCCCUGUAAACGUACUUUGCCUGAUGACGCGCGAGUGGAGAAGUCAUUUCAUACAAUUUUCAUACAAGCGCAUUUUCGUCUACGUUCCCUCGCCUCGCCGCCUCUCCACGAUUAACUUUGACCCUUUUCAAAAGGAGGCGAGAGGACGGAGGAGAGAGGACGCAGGAGCAAAUCCAAUUGAGAAAAGGCCUAAGUGCUCAGAGGAAGAAAUGUGACCCCUUUAAAGCACAACAAAAAAUGUGGGCUUGUAGAAAAAAAGAAGGAAGGGAAGCGUUGCUAAGGUACACAAUAGUAGGUUUCGUAGACAGAAGGUGCUCUAUGGUAAAAGGGGUAAAUUAGUAAUCAAAAAGAAAGGAGGACCAAGGCACUCUUCAUAUAAUUAAUUAAAAUGCCUUUAUUGGAAUGGCAUGUUCAAUUGAAACAAAGUUUAAAAACUGUGUGCUGUUGGGGGUACUCAAGGGCUGGAGUUGGGAACCACUGCUUUAGAGUGAUUGACAGACUGGUAAAUAUGCCACCUUCUGGCUAUUGGGUGACAAACAAAGCAGCUGUUCUCACAUUAGACACUGGCAUUGUUUCUGUCAUGUUCUAUCUUUAUGCGGUAUGGUAUUAAAGAGUUAUGAGAAAAAAAGGUUGUUCUGUCUAGUGCAGAUCAGUCGACAAUUCUCAUGCGCCUUUCUGGAAAUUCAUGAAAAUGCUUUUGUUCCCCUUCUCCCUCAAGGAAGAAGAAGACCAACUACUUCAUAGUGUCAUUGGCGUUUGCAGACCUCCUGGUUGCUGUGGUUGUCAUGCCGUUUGCAGCCAUUGAGCUGACCACAGGUCAAUGGAGGUAUGGGGAGAUAUUCUGUCUGGUCAGGACCUCGUUGGAUGUGUUUCUGACCACUGCAUCUAUCCUACACCUGUGCUGCAUAGCACUGGACAGGUGAGCAAUGAACAUAGUGAAAAACAUCCCUUCACUUUGGAAAUUAUUGCAAAACUAUUGCAAACUGUUUCCACACACCCCAUCCCAGUCACCUUGAUGCAUCCAUUCAGCCUAAUAGCCGUACACCUUUGUGAGCACCCAGCUGUGUGUUAGCAUUAGCACGUGCCUUGGAGGGCCCUUCUCUAGCACCUCUCUGUCCAUAAGCAUAUGUCAGCCUGUCAUGGCUGAUACAUCAGCUAUGUUGUCCUGUCCUGCACCUGCCCCAUACAGUCAAGUCACUGCUAGCUCACCCCCUCGCUCCAAACACAAAUCUAAUGUAUGCUUCUCCACGUGCCCCCAACCUCCAGUGGGCCCCAAACCAAUUAUUAUUAUUUUUCAUUUGGGGGAGUUUGUGGGCCCCUUGUAGGUCCGUGUGCCCCCCCCCCCCCCCCCCCCCCCCCCCCCCCCCCCCCCCCCCCCCCCCAAUGGAUGUGACAGGGCUUGCUAACUAUCACGGAUUACAAAAGGAAAUCCAGCAGCGAGCUGCCCAUCGACGCAAGCCUACCAGACAAGCUAAAUACCUUUUAUACUCGCUUCGAGGCAAGCAUUCCCUGAACCAUGCAUUAGAGCACAAGCUGUUCUGGACAACUGUUUGAUCUUGCUCUCCGUAGCCGAUGUGAGUAAGACCUUUAAACAGGUUAACAUUUGCAAGGCCGCUGGGCCACACGGAAUACCAGGGCGUGUAUUCAGAGCAUGUGCUGACCAGCUCGCAAGUGUCUUCACUGACAUUUUCAACCUAUCCCUGACCCGGUCUGUAAUACCAACUUCUUUCAAGCAGACCACCAUAGUCCCCAUGCCCAAAAACGCUAAGGUAACCUGCCUAAAUGACUAUCGCCGAGUAGCACUCAUAUCUAUAGCCAUGAAAUGCUUUGAAAGGUUGGUCAUGGCUCACAUCAACACCAUCAUCCCAGACACCCUGGACCCACUCCAAUUCACAUACCAGCCCAACAGAUCCACUGAUGAUGCAAUCUCUAUUGCACUCCACACUGCCCACACUGUUAAUUGACUACAGCUCAGAAUUCAACACCAUAGUGCCCACCAAGCUCAUCACCAAGCUCAGGACCCUGGGACUGAACAUCUCCCUCUGCAACUGGAUCCUGGACUACUCGACGGGCCACCCCUAGGCGGUGAGGGUAGGCAACAACACAUCCGCCAUGCUGACCAUCAACACGGGGACCCUCAGGGGUGUGUGCUUAGUCCCCUCCUGUAUUCCCUGUUCACCCACGACUGCGUGGCCGCGCAAGACUUUGCUGAUGUCAAAACAGUGGUAGCACUGAUCACCGACGACGAUUAAGCAGCCUAUAGGGAGGAGGUCAGAGACCUGGCAGUGUGGUGCCAGGACAACAACCUCUCCCUCAACGUCAGCAAGACAAAGGAGCUGAUCGUGGACUACAGGAAACGGAGGGGUGAGCACGACCCCAUCCACAUCAAUGGGGCUGCCGUGGAGAUGGUCAAGAGUUUCAAGUUACUCUGUGUCCACAUCACUAAGGAAUUAACAUGGUCCACACACACCCACACAGUUGUGAAAAGGGCACGACAGCUGUCUGCAGGAGCGAACCAUUUUCGUGAACGGGGUGGUGUACCUAAUAAACUGGCCACUGAGUGCAUGUCCAAAAUAACAUGGUUGCUGUGGUAGAACGUUUAUUUUGAUUGGUGAUUUUGUGCAUUUGUCAAAAUCCCAUCAGGUAGAGUGACUUCAGAUAUGUAAUGUAAACAAGAUUAUUAGGAAAUUGUUCUUCUUCCACAGCAUGUAAACAUUUAAAUCAAACUAUUAUAUUAAUCUGACUAUUCACAAUCAUCGUAUUAUUGUGUGCCGACCGUGUUCUUAUUGGUCAGUCACCGGGAUCGGCUCAUAACACUAGCCACACUACACAAUAAAGGCAAAAGAAAUUCGGACACUGCUAGAACUUUGUCGGAGCCUACGACCACACGUAGUGGUACUUAAUCGGUAGUCCUAGACCCUGCCUAGACAAUCGUUUACAAUUUAAUCAGAAAAGAUUUGGCAUGGGCGCUCAGAUCCUCAAAAAGUUCUACAGCUGCAACAUUGACAACAUCUUGACUGGCUGCAUCACUACUUGGUACGGCAACUGCAGGCACCUGACCGCAAGGCGCUACAGAGGGUGGUGAGUACUGCCCAGUACAUCACUGGGGCAGAGUUCCCUACCAUCCAGGACCUCUACACCAGGCUGUGUCAGAGGAAGGCCCAAAAAAUUGUCUAAGACUCCAGCCACCUAAAAGCCUUUGCAGUUAGCUGUCUUAUGCCCCGAUUUUGUCGUCCCAGACAAAAUGUCCAUGUCGUGGGUAAAUUCUUACAUUGUAAACGAUUGUCGGACGUCUUGGCUUGUUCAGUGUGACAGGGUCUAAGUCUACCGAUUAAGUACCAAUUUCCUUUGCCUAUAUUGUGUAGUGUGGCUGGUGUUGGUGUUACGAGCCGAUUCCGGUGACUGACCAAUAAGAACACAGUCAGCACACAAUAAUACGAUUAUUGUGAAUUGUCAGAUUAAUAUAAUAGUUUGAUUUAAUUAGGUACACCACCCCGUUCACGAAAAUGGUUCGCUCGUGCAGAUAGUGAGUCACAUGGCCGUGGCUUGCUAUAUAAAGCAGGCAGACAGGCAUUGAGGCAUUCAGUUACUGUUCGAUUGAACGUUAGAAUGGGCAAAACGUGUGACCUAGGUGACUUUGAGCAUGGUAUGAUCAUCGGUGCCAGGCGCGCCGGUUCCAGUAUCUCAGAAACGGACGGCAUCCUGGGCUUUUCACGUACGACAGUGUCUAGGGUUUACUGUGAAUGGUGCGACAAACAAAAAACAUCCAGUCAGCGGCAGUCCUGUGGGCAAAAACAGCUUGUUGAUGAGAGGUCGAAGGAGAAUGGCAAGAACCGUGCAAGCUAACAGGUGGGCCACAACAAUGGUGCGCAGAAUGGCAUCUUGGAACGCACAACUUGUCAGUCCUUCUCACGGAUGGGCUAUUGCAGCAGACGACCACACCGGGUUCCAUUCCUAUCAGUUAAAAACAAGAAGAAGCGGCUCCAGCGGGCACGCGAUUACUAAUACUGGACAAUUGAGGAGUGGAAAAACAUUGCCUGGUCCGACGAAUCCCAGUUCCUGUUGCGUCAUGCUGAUGGCAGAGUCAGGAUUUGGCGUAAGCAGCAUGAGUCCAUGGCCCCAUCCUGCCUGGUGUCAACGGUACAGGCUGGUGGUGGCGGUAGUGUAAUGGUGUGGGGAAUGUUUUCCUGGCACACGUUAGGUCCCUUGAUAUCAAUUGAGUAACGUUUGAAUGCCACACCUUGUAGAAUCCAUGCCCUGAAGAUUUCAGGCAGUUCUGGAGGCAAAGGGGGGUCUGACCCGGUACUAGAUUGGUGUUCCUAAUAAACGGGCCACUGAGUGUAUAACGUUUGUGAAAACUAUUUCAUGCAUAUUUUCAGUUUUUCCGAACUCACUUCACUCGCGCAUAAGCAUAGAGUGAGGCUUGCGCUGCUGGUGCUGGCACAUGCGUAGAUCAAAUACCCCGCUGCAGUUGACGUAGCCUACGUCGGCUGACAUAGACUCUCUUUUGAACUAACUUUCUUGCACUGACUCUAUGCACACACACUGGACUCUACCCACACCCUCACACAUACUUACAUUGACACCCCAACACACACAUAUACACACACGCACACACACUACAUACACCUACACACACAUAACACACGCACACAUGCAUACUGACGCCACACACACACACUUUCACUUUACCCCUACUAUAUGUACAUAGCUACCUCAAUUACCACAUACCCCAGCACAUCGACUCGGUACUGGUACUCUCUGUACUGUAUAUAGCCAUGUUAUUUUUACUCGUUAUUGUUAUUCGUUAUUCACUGUGUAUUUAUUCCUCGUGUCACUAUUUCUAUAAAAUAAUAAUAUCUUUAACUCUGCAUUGUUGGAAAAGGACCCGUAAGUAAGCAUUUCACUGUUAGUCUACACCUGUUGUUUACGAAGCAUGUGACAAAUAAAAUGUCAUUUGAUUUGAUUUGAAAACUGCAAAAUUCUCCCUCAGCCUCAUGGCAAAAUGUGUAGAAUAGCAGGAAAUUAACUUUAAAACUGCUAUAUUUUUUCUCAGCCUCAUGGCAAAAUGUGAACAAUAG